CCCGCACGCCCCGCUCCCGCGCCCCCGGCUCCCGCGACCCCAGCUCCCGAGAGCCGGCAGGUGGCUGCCGGCGAGGACGUGUGUCUGGAGUGCGAGGUGGCCGAGGCGGGUGAGGUCGUCUGGCUGAAGGGGACGGAGCUCAUCCAACCGAGCGGGCGCUUCCAGGUUCUCUGCCGGGCUCAGCGGCAGACGCUGGUCAUCCGGGGCUUCUCCGCGGAGGACCAGGGCGAGUACCGCUGCCGCCUCGCCCAGGACCCCAACUCCUCUGCAGCUGCCUCCUUCCAGGUGGUGCUGACCCCAGGAUCUGGGGAUGAGGCCCCUGCACAGCCCAGCCUCCCCCCUGAGGCAGCCCAGGAGGGUGACCUGCACCUGCUGUGGGAGGCCCUGGCCCGGAAGCGCCGCAUGAGCCGUGAGCCCACGCUGGACUCCAUCAGUGAGCUGCCUGAGGAGGACGGUCGGUCGCGGUGCCUGCGGCAUGAGCCAGAGGAAGCAGCCCGUGACCUCUCUGAGGACUACUCCACAGCUGAUGAGCUGGCACGUUCCGGCGAGGCCGACCUCUCACACACCAGCUCUGAUGACGAGUCCCGGACAGGCACUCCUUCCCUGGUUACCUACCUCAAGAAGGCUGGGCGGCCCAGCACCUCACCACUGGUCAGCAAGGUUGGGGUCCCCACGGUCCCACCUGGGAAGCAACAGGAGCAUCAGGAGCAGCCAGCUGCCGUUUGCCCACCACCGGGAGACCUGAGUGACCCCUCCAUGGACAAGGCAGCUGUGAAGAUCCAGGCUGCCUUCAAGGGUUACAAGGUCCGCAAGGAGAUGAAGCAGCAGGAGGGACCUGUGUUCUCCCGCACAUUUGGGGAUACCGAGGCACAGGUGGGGGAUGUCCUGCGUCUGGAGUGUGUGGUGUCCAGCAAGGUGGAUGUGCGUGCUCGCUGGCUGAAGGAUGGCAUGGAGCUGACGGACGGCCGACACCACCACAUCGACCAGCUCGCGGACGGCACCUGCUCCCUGCUGGUCCCGGGCCUGGGCCGGGCUGAUGCUGGUCGCUACACCUGUCAGGUGAGCAGCAAGUUUGGCCAUGUGGCCCACAGCGCUUGUGUGGUGGUCAGCGGGACCGAGAGCGAGGCAGAGAGCUCCUCAGGGGGUGAGCUGGACGAAGCCUUUCGCCGGGCAGCCCGGCGGCUCCACCGUCUCUUCCGCACCAAGAGCCCGGCUGAGGUUUCAGACGAAGAGAUCUUCCUCAGUGCAGAUGAGGGCUCAGCACAGCCCGAGGAGCCUGGGGACUGGCCGACGUACCACGAAGAUGAGCACUUCGUCUGCAUCCGCUUCGAGUCGCUUGCCGAGUCCCACCGUGCGGCCACCUGCUUCCGGGAGAUGUUUGGCACCAUGGGCAUCAGGGUGGACAUCAGCCUGUCGGAGCAGGGGCCCCGGGGGGUGGAGAUGCGCAUCAGCAAGGUGGGUCCCGCCCCUGCCACGCCUCAGGAGAUGGUGCCCCGCCCGCUGACUGCAGAGGCCGCCCCAGUGUUCCUGACCGGGCUGCAGGAUCAGGAGGUGCAGGACGGCUACCCCGUGAGCUUUGACUGCGUGGUGACAGGCCAGCCCGUGCCCACUGUGUGCUGGUUCAAGGAUGGAAGGAUGCUGGAGGAGGAUGACCACUAUAUGAUCAGUGAGGACCAGCAGGGCGGCCACCAGCUCAUCAUCACAGCCGUGGUGCUGGCAGACAUGGGCGUCUACCGCUGCAUGGCUGAGAACAGCGUGGGCGUGUCCUCCACGAAGGCGGAGCUCCGCGUGGACCUGACCAGCACAGACUAUGAAACUGCAGCUGAUGCCACGGAGACCUCCUCCUACUUCAGUGCCCAAGGCUACCUGUCCAGCCGGGAGCAAGAGGGCAUGGAAUCUACCUCAGAGGAGGGUCAGCUGCCCCAGGUGGUGGAGGAACUGAAGGACCUCCAGGUGGCCCCCGGCACACGCCUAGCCAAGUUCCAACUCAAGGUGAAAGGCUACCCAGCACCCCGACUGUACUGGUUCAAAGACGGGCAGCCCCUGACGGCUUCUGAGCACAUCCGCAUGGCUGACAGGAAGACGCUUCACACCCUGGAGGUCCUGUCGGUCACCAGUGAGGACGCCGGCCAGUACUCAGCCUACAUCAGCAAUGCCGUGGGCGCUGCCUACUCGUCCGCCCGGCUGCUGGUCCGGGGCCCCAAAGAUCCUGAAGAGAAGCCAGCCUCAGAUGCACACCAACAGCUGGUGCCGCCCCGAUUCCUGGAAAGAUUCGCCUCCAAGAAAGUGAAGAAAGGCUCCAGCAUCACUUUCUCAGUAAAGGUGGAAGGCUGCCCGGCCCCAGCCGUGCACUGGCUGCAGGAGGAGGCCGAGCGGGGCGUGCUGUGGAUCGGCCGUGACACGCCGGGCUACACGGUGGCCAGCUCUGCCCAGCAACACAGUCUGGUCCUGCUGGACGUGGGCCGGCAGCAUCGGGGCACCUACACCUGCAUUGCUACCAACGCGGCCGGCCAGGCCCUCUGCUCCGCCAGCCUGCACGUCUCUGGCUUGCCCAAGGAGGCGGGGGCGGCGGACGAGCAUGCUGGGGGGAAGGAGGUCCUCAUCUCCAGCUUCCUGCAGGGGACCCAAGCUGCAUCCACACAGAUGUCAGAGCCUGUGGGGUUCGCUGAUCUUGCCGGACCGAGGAAAGCAGAGCCCACGGUGGUGGAGGCCCGUGGCCACAUGUCCCUGGCCGAGGUGGGCACGGAGGAGUUCCUGCAGAAGCUCACGUCCCAGAUCACCGAGAUCGUGUCGGCCAAGAUCACACAGGCCAAGCUGCAGGUGCCUGGAGGUGACAGCGAUGAGGAAUCCAAGACGCCGUCUGCAUCCCCCUGGCACGGCCGUUCCCGUCCCGCCUCCAGCGUCCAGGAGUCGUCCUCAGAGUCAGAGGACGGGGACUCCCGAGGCGAGAUCUUCGAUAUCUACGUGGUCACAGCUGACUACCUGCCCCUGGGGGCCGAGCAGGACGCCAUCUCACUGCGGGAGGGCCAGUAUGUGGAGGUGUUGGACUCGGCCCACCCACUGCGCUGGCUUGUGCGCACCAAGCCCACCAAGUCCAGCCCCUCGAGGCAAGGCUGGGUGUCCCCUGCCUACCUGGACAAGCGGCUCAAGCUGUCACCCGAGUGGGGGCCCACGGAGACCCCCGAGUUCCCGGGGGAGACCGUGUCUGAGGAUGAAUACAAGACAAGGCUGAGCUCCAUCAUCCAGGAGCUGCUGAGCUCCGAGCAGGCCUUUGUGGGCAAGCUGCAGUUCCUGCAGGACCACCACAUUCAGCACCUGGAGCGAUGCCCCCAUGUGCCCACGGCCGUGGCCAGCCAGAAGGCAGUCAUCUUCCGCAACGUGCAGGACAUCAGCCACUUCCACAGCAGCUUCCAACGGGAGCUGCAGACCUGUGACACAGACGACGAUGUGGCCAUGUGCUUCAUCAAGAACCAGGAGGCCUUUGAGAAGUACCUGGAGUUCCUGGUGGGCCGCGUGCAGGCCGAGUCCGCGGUGGUCAGCACGGCUGUGCAGGACUUCUACAAGAAAUACACGGAGGAGGUGCUGUCCGCAGCGGACCCGUCGCAGCCGCCCCCACCGCCCCUGCAGCACUUCCUGGAGCGGCCAGUGCAGCGCGUCCAGCAGUACCAGGCCCUGCUCAAGGAGCUGAUCCGCAACAAGGCGAGGAACCGGCAGAACUGUGCGCUGCUGGAGCAGGCCUACGCGCUCGUGUCCGCCCUGCCGCAGCGCGCCGAGAACCAGCUGCACGUGUCGCUCAUGGAGAACUACCCGGGCACCCUGGAGGCCCUGGGCGAGCCCAUCCGCCAGGGCCACUUCAUCGUGUGGGAGGGGGCGCCGGGCGCGCGGAUGCCCUGGAAGGGCCAUCACCGCCACGUUUUCCUGUUCCGCCACCACCUGGUUGUUUGCAAGACCAAAAGGGAUUCCCGCACCGACACCUUCAGUUACGUCUUCCGGAACAUGAUGAAGCUGAGCAGCAUCGACCUGAACGACCAGGUGGAGGGUGACGACCGUGCCUUCGAGAUCUGGCACGAGCGGGAGGACUCGGUGCGCAAGUACCUGCUGCAAGCGCGCACGGUCAUCACCAAGAACUCGUGGGUGAAGGAGAUCUGCGGCAUCCAGCAGCGCCUGGCCCUGCCCGUGUGGCAUCCCCCAGAUUUCGAAGAGGAGCUGGCGGACUGCACAGCAGAGCUGGGCGAGACCGUGAAGCUGGCCUGCCGUGUGACGGGCACCCCCAAGCCCAUUGUCAGCUGGUACAAAGAUGGGAAGCCAGUGGAGGUGGAUCCGCACCACAUCCUCAUUGAAGACCCCGACGGCUCAUGUGCCCUCAUCCUGGACAACCUGACUGGUGUGGACUCGGGCCAGUACAUGUGCUUUGCAGCUAGUGCCGCCGGCAACACAAGCACGCUGGGCAAGAUCCUGGUGCAAGUACCCCCACGAUUUGUGAAAAAGGUCCGGGCGGUUCCUUUUGUGGAGGGAGAGGAUGCGCAGGUCACCUGCACCAUCGAAGGUGCCCCACACCCUCAGAUCAGGUGGUACAAGGACGGGGCCCUGAUAACGCCCAGCAGCAAGUACCGAACCCUGAGUGAGCCCCGCAGCGGUCUGCUGGUGCUGGAGAUCCUGACAGCCAGCAAGGACGACCUGGGCCAUUAUGAGUGCGAGUUGGUGAACCGGCUGGGCUCUGCGAGGGGCGGGGCAGAGCUGUGCAUGCAGAGCCCUGCUGUGCGGGCCCGGGAACAGCUUCACAGGGAGCAGCUUGCAGCCAUGGAAGUCACUGAGCAGGAGACUAAAGUCCCCAAGAAAACCGUCAUCAUAGAGGAGACCAUCACCACCGUGGUGAAGAGCCCUCGUGGCCGGCGCCGGUCCCCGAACAAGUCCCCCUCCCGCUCGCCUUCCCGCCGCACUGCCAGCCCGCCCAGGCCAGGCCAGUUGGCCCCUGAGGUGCUGUACUCACUGGGGGCCAGCCAGCCCCACAGGCCUGAGGUGGAGCCAGGCUGGAGACCUACUGUACCCACGCUGUAUGUGACGGAGCCCGAGUCCCACACGCCGGGCCUGCCCCAGGGCACAAGGCCCCAGCCCAAGUGGGUAGAGGUUGAGGAGACCAUUGAAGUCAGGGUGGAGAAGACGGGCUCCAGGGGUGCAUCCCCUGCCGGAGAGGCACCUGACAGCUCUGCAGGGCUUCUCUUCACGCUGCCUGGUGGGACCCCCAUAGGAGACCCCAAUGCAAACAACUCCAACAACAACCUACUGGCCCAGGAGCCCCAGGCCCAGGGCAGGGCACUGGUCAGCACUGGAGAGCCUCUCAUCUUCUGCAUGGACACGGGGCCAGAGGAGACCUGUGAGCCGUUCCCUCCCCAGGGGGCUGAAGAGGAAACCCCCAUGGAGGAGGUGGAGGAGGUGGAGGGAGGAGAUGCCCUCCUGACGGAGGAGCCCCUGGGCACCAACAGCCUUUGGGGCCAUGACCCCAAGAUCCUCACACAUGAUGGCCGAGUGCUGACGCUGGCUGAUCUGGAGGAUUACGUGCCCCGGGAGGGGGAGACCUUCGGCUGCCAUGGCCCUGUGCCCAGCACUUCUGACGACCCACCCUGCGAGGUCUCUGUGCUCCAGAGAGAGAUCAAUGAGCCCAUGGUGGGGCAGCCUGUCCUGCUCAAUGUGGGGCGUCCCCUGGGCCCUCGGAACCCACCUAGCUUUUUCAGUCGCCGGGAGGCGUCUCCCUUGGGCCCUCAGGUCCUCGGCCCCGCAGGAGUCUCCUUCUGUAUGCAGGAAGCCCGGGCUGGGGGUGCUGCGUCCUGGAAGCCGUCCUUCUGCAUCCAGGUCCAGAGGUCUGCAGACAGUGGCCAGAGCAGCUUCAAAACGGAGGUUAACACCCAGACGGUCAGCUUUGGGACGGUGGGUGAGACCGUCACCCUGCACAUCUGCCCGGAUGGGGACAAGGCCCCUGGCCCCUCCCAGGAUGCUGCUGUCCAUCCCGCAGUUGCCCUGGAGCCGGCAGACCAGGAGGUCACGGUGUGCACCAAGGCUCCAGGACCCUCCACGGGGGCCCACGCUGGCCCCAGCACUGGCCCUGGGGGGCCACCCAAACUCCAGGACGCUGGCCCCCAACUCCCAGGCAUGGAAGAUGCAGAUGCAUCUGGUGAGGCCCAGCGACCUCAGGCUGACCACCCAGUGCCACCUGCUCUCAGAGUCCCCCCUGUGCUGGCCCCAAGCUUGGCCACCCCAGUUGAGCCCCAGAAAGUGCCACAGCCUCUCCCCCAGGAGGGCCAGGAGCAGGACUCAGGGGCCCAUGCCGAGGGCCAGGGACGCAUCGUGCCCAUCCGGAUGGAGGGCACAGCCUGGCCGGGGGCAGGCACAGUGGAGCUGUGGGACGUCCACAGCCAAGUGUUCACGGAGACCACCCAAAGGACAUACGUGUACCAGGCCAGCAGCACAGCUGCCUCAAGGCCCCCGUCCAUGCAGGUCACCAUCGAAGAUGUGCAGGCACAGAAGGGCAGCACAGCCCAGUUCCAGGCGGUCAUUGAGGGCAACCCGCAGCCCAUGGUGACCUGGUACCGGGACGAUGCCCAGCUGGUGGAUGGCGCCCGGCUCAGCCAGCAGCAGGAGGGGACCACCUACUCCCUGGUGCUGAGCGAUGUGACCCAGCACGACGCUGGUGUCUACACAUGCCUGGCCCGCAACGCAGGCGGCCAGGUGAUGUGUAAAGCGGAGCUCAUAGUCCACGGGGGAGACAGCGAGCCGGACUCAGCGAAGCAAAGCUAUCGAAGGAAACUGCGCUCUUUCUACGAGGUCAAGGAGGAAAUUGGAAGGGGCGUGUUUGGCUUCGUGAAGAGGGUGCAGCACAAGGGAAACCAGAUGUCCUGCGCAGCCAAGUUCAUCCCCUUGCGGAGCAGGACGCGCACCCAUGCGUACCGCGAGCGGGACAUCCUGGCCACGCUGAGCCACCCGCUGGUCACCCGGCUGCUGGACCAGUUUGAGACCCGGAAGACCCUGAUCCUUGUCCUGGAGCUGUGCUCGUCAGAGGACCUGCUGGACCGUCUGUUCAAGAAGAGUGUGGUGACAGAGGCUGAGGUCAAGGUGUAUGUCCAGCAGCUGGUGGAGGGGCUCCAUUACCUGCAUGGCCGCAGCACUCUCCACCUGGACAUAAAGCCCCCCAACAUCCUGAUGGUGCAUCCUGUUCGGGAAGACAUUAAAAUCUGCGACUUUGGCUUUGCCCAAAAAAUCACCCCAGGAGAGCCACAGUACAGCAAGUAUGGCUCCCCGGAGUUUGUGUCCCCGGAGAUCAUUGAGCAGACCCCUGUGAGCGAGGCCUCCGACAUCUGGGCCAUGGGGGUCGUCUCCUACCUCAGCCUGACCUGCUCGUCACCAUUUGCUGGUGAGAGUGACCGAGCCACACUCCUGAAUGUACUGGAGGGGCGGGUGUCCUGGAGCAGCCCUGCGGCUGCCCACCUCAGCAAGGAUGCCCAGGACUUCAUCACGGCUGCCCUGCGGAGGGCCCCAGAGGCCCGGCCCAGUGCAGCCAAGUGCCUCGCCCACCCCUGGUUCCAGAAGUCCGUGCCCGCAGAGGAGGCCCACUUCAUCAACACCAAGCAACUCAAGUUCCUGCUGGCUCGCAGCCGUUGGCAGCAAUCCCUGAUGAGCUACAAGUCCAUCCUGGUGAUGCGCUCCAUCCCCGAGCUGCUCCAGGGCCCUCCCGACAGCCCAUCCCUCGGGGUGGCCCGGUACCUGCGGGGCGACGCCAGCAGCUCGUCGUCCUCGUCCUCUGACAACGAGCGGGCGCCUUUCGCCCGAGCCAGAUCGCUGCCGCCCUCCCCGGUGGCCCACUCCCCGCUGCUGCACCCUCGGGGCUUCCUGCGACCGUCCGCCAGCCUGCCCGAGGAGGCCGCGCCUCCCGCCAGCGCGGCGCCUGAGGCCGGUGGCGGAGCGCAGUGCCGUGGCCCGGGCCGCUCGGACCUCCAGGCGGACUCCGGGGAGAGCUGGCCGGGAGGGCUCUCUCGUGCCAGGGACACGGAGCGUCCGGAGGGGUCCCGGCAGGAGCCGGGACUAUUUCCGUGCACCGGUGGCGACCCGGAGUCCACUCGGCAAGAGGGGUCAUCUCAGGACAGCCGCGGGGGGCAGGCCGCGCCUUCCUUUCAUCCCCAGAGGAGUCCUGCUCCCCAGGAAGGCUGUGGCCGCCCUCAGGCUGUUACACCACAACCUUCUGGCUCCUUCCCUGCAAAGCAGUGCACGGGGUCCCUCCUGGCACCCUUGAGCUCCUCCCUCUCUCCGGCCAAAGGAAGCCCCCAGCCGGCCUCUAAGAAGGGACCAAAGGACACCCCUCUCCCUGGGAGGCCGAGUCCCCCCAGCUCCCCAGGGCUGGCCUCCGCAGUGGGCGUGCAACCUGGCCCCUCCCAGGCUGCGGAGCCGGAAGACGCAUCAGAGUCUGAGCCCAGCCCGCAGCGCCCUCAGGAGCAGACCACCGCGCGCAAGUUCUCACUGGGGGCGCGCGGUGGGGGCUACGCGGGAGUGGCAGGCUAUGGCACCUUUGCCUUUGGCGGGGACGCGGGGGGCAUGCUGGGGCAGGGUCCCCUGUGGGCCAGGAUGGUCUGGGCUACCUCUCAGUCCUCCGAGGAGCAUGAGGAUGCUGGGGCACAGAGCCCACCCCCCCAGGCCAGCGCAGAACCCCUUCCCGAGGGCAGCGGGGCACCCCCAAGGGCCUCCCCAGAGCUGAGCUCGUGGGAGGACUUUGGUGGGGGCUCCCAGGUGUCCCUAGUGCAGAUCCGAGACCUGUCUGGGGACGCAGAAGCAGCCGACACCGUGUCCCUGGAUAUCUCAGAGGUGGAGCCUGCCUACCUCAACCUGUCCGACCUGUAUGACAUCAAGUAUCUCCCGUUCGAGUUCAUGAUCUUCAGGAAGGUCCCCAGGUCUGUGCCACCAGAACCACCGUCGUCCCCCGAGUCUGAAACCGAGGGGCCCUGGCCGGGCGCGCCGGGCCCGCCAGCCAGCUUGCAGAUCACUGAGGAGCCGGAGGACAUGGACACUCUGCUCAGGGAGGCCCCCCGCAGCAGGAAGCGCAAGUGGUCGCCCCCCUCCGGCGGCCUCUUCCACUUCCCAGGAAGGCACGCCAUACUGGACGAGCCCGCGGAGCUGGGACUGCGCCAGAGGGUGAGGGCCUCCGUGGCCCACAUCUCCCGCCUCCUCAGGGGCAGGCCUGGAGGUCUGGAGAAAGAGAGCCCCCCCAGGAAGAAGGCAGGCCUGGCUUCCUUCCGGUUGGGCCUGAAGAGCAGGGACCGAGCGCCAUCAUUUCUAAGGGAGCUCUCGGAUGAAACGGUGGUCCUGGGCCAGUCCGUGACUCUUGCCUGCCAAGUGUCGGCCCAGCCAGCUGCACAGGCCACCUGGACCAAAGACGGAGCUCCCCUGGAGGGCACCAGCCGCCUCCUCAUCUCCUCCACGCUCAAGAACUUCCAGCUUCUGACCAUCCUGGUGGUGACUGCUGAGGACCUGGGGGUUUACACGUGCAGCGUGAGCAACCCUCUGGGCACAGUGGCCACCACGGCUGUCCUCCGGAAGGCAGAGCGCCCCUGCUCUUCCCCACGCCCCGACCUCGGGGAGGUGUAUGCUGAUGGGGUGCUGCUGGUCUGGAAGCCUGUGGAGUCCUAUGGCCCUGUGACGUACAUCGUACAAAGCAGCCUGGAAGGUGGCAGCUGGAACACGCUGGCCUCGGACAUCUUUGACUGCUGCUACCUCACCAGCAAGCUUUCCAGGGGCGGGGUGUACACGUUCCGGACGGCCUGCGUGAGCAAGGCGGGCAUGGGUCCCUACAGCAGCCCCUCAGAGGAGGUCCUCCUGGGAGGGCCCAGCCACCUGGCCUCCGAGGAAGAGAGCCGCACCCCGCGGCCAGCCCAGCCCCUCCCCAGCGCGCAGACCUUCGCCUUCCAGGCGCAGAUUCGAAGGGGCCGCUUCAGCGUGGUGCGGCAGUGCCGGGAGAAGGCCAGCGGACGCGCGUUGGCCGCGAAGAUCGUCCCCUAUCGCCCCGAGGACAAGGCUGCCGUGCUGCGCGAAUACGAAGCCCUCAAGAGCCUGCGCCACCCACACCUGGCCCAGCUACAGGCCGCCUACCUCAGCCCCCGGCACCUGGUCCUCAUCUUGGAGCUGUGCUCGGGACCCGAGCUGCUCCCCUGCCUGGCGGAGAGGGCCUCCUACUCGGAGUCGGAGGUGAAGGACUACCUGUGGCAGAUGUUGAGCGCCGCCCAGUACCUGCACGCCCAGCGCAUUCUGCAUCUGGACCUCAGGUCCGAGAACAUGAUCGUCACCGAGUACAACUUACUCAAGGUCGUCGACCUGGGCAACGCCCAGAGCCUCGCCCAGGAGAGGGUCCUGCCCUCCGAGAGGUUCAAGGACUACGUGGAGACCAUGGCUCCCGAGCUCCUGGAGGGCCAGGGUGCCGUCCCGCAGACCGACAUCUGGGCCAUAGGCGUGACAGCCUUCAUCAUGCUGAGCGCGGAGUACCCCGUGAGCAGUGAAGGGACACGCGAGCUGCAGAAAAGCCUGCGCAAGGGGCUAGUCCGUCUGAGUCGCUGCUACGCGGGGCUGUCCGGCGGCGCCGUGGCUUUUCUCCGGAGCACUUUGUACGCUCACCCAUGGGGCCGGCCGUGCGCGUCCAGCUGCCUGCAGUGCCCGUGGCUAACGGAGGAGGGCCCUGCUGGUUCCCAGCCAGCGGCCGUGACCUUCCCCACAGCGCGACUGCGCGCCUUCGUGCGCGAGCGAGAGAAGAGGCGGGCGCUGCUGUACAAGAAACACAACUUGGCCCAGGUGCGCUGAGCACUUGGCCUGGCAGAGAGGAUGUGUGUGUGUGUGGGGGGGUCGCCCUGCUGGGCUUCACCCCCUACUCUCCCCUUAGGACUUGCUGUGUAUGCACAGACACGCCAAUAAAAAGCAGAAACGGA